AUGGACGGCCCCGACGAUGCCGCCAGUCUUGUAGCUCUGUUCUUGCAUGCUUUUCCCUCAGCGUCCAGCGAGGAGUGUCCAUCUGACCUAAAUGCGGCUGUAACAGGCGGAUCCCAUUCGCCCAUCGCCGAUCCUUCAACUUUGGAUGUCUUUUGCCCCUCGAUCAACGGAUGGCUAAUACCUUUGGCCAGUGAUAGCAUCGCGUAG